CAGCAGCAGCAGCACCGGAGCACAGCCACAGACCGCACGCGCCCCCUCCCCGAGUCCGUCCUCCUCGUCCACCACCACCACCGCCGCCGCCGCUGCUGCUUGCUGGCCCGCCAGCCAUGGAUCGCUUCGUCGGAGGGCCGAGCCUCUUUGCCAACAUGAUGAAUGAAACCUUCGAGCUCUACCGCUGGUCCUGGAGCAUCCGAGAUAAACGGGUUGACAACUGGUUCUUGAUGCAAUCUCCAUUUCCCACACUGACUAUUAGCACCAUUUACCUCCUCAUUGUUUGGCUGGGCCCCAAAUGGAUGAAGACAAGGGAGCCUUUCCAGUUACGAUCAUUGUUGAUUAUUUACAACUUUGGAAUGGUUCUACUCAACUUCUAUAUUUUCAAAGAGUUAUUUAUGGCAUCAAAAGCUCGAGGAUACAGCUAUAUCUGCCAGAGUGUGGAUUACUCAGAUAAUGAAUAUGAAGUCAGAAUUGCAGGGGCUUUAUGGUGGUAUUUCAUAUCAAAAGGAAUUGAGUAUCUGGAUACAGUAUUUUUCAUCCUAAGAAAGAAGUUUAACCAGAUCAGUUUCCUUCACGUCUAUCACCAUUUCACUAUGUUUACCUUGUGGUGGAUUGGCAUAAAGUGGGUUGCCGGAGGACAGUCUUUUUUUGGAGCUCAAAUAAACGCUUUUAUUCAUGUUAUAAUGUAUAUGUAUUAUGGACUAGCUGCCUGUGGCCCAAAAUUUCACAAGUACCUUUGGUGGAAACGCUACUUGACCAUAAUGCAGCUGAUACAAUUCCAUGUGACUAUUGGCCACACGGCUCUUUCUAUUUACAUUGAUUGUCCAUUUCCUAAAUGGAUGCACUGGAGUGUCAUUUUCUAUGCUACAUCUUUCAUUGUCCUUUUUGGUAACUUCUACUAUCGGACAUACAAGAUGCCCAAGCAACCAGUAAAGAACGGCAAAAUUACCAAUGGCAUUAUGGCAAAUGGUAUAAGCAAACCAGAAAAUGGUCUAGUUGUGGAAAAUGGAAAGAAAAAGCAAAAGGAAAAAGCAAAAGGAGAGUAACUUGAUCCAGGCCUUAACCGUUGUUGGCAGUGAGGAAUCUCCAGUUUGGUUGUAAAAGCAAAAGAAACGUUAUUCUCUCUAUACCAAUUGACCUUUAGGUUAUUGAAGAGAUAGAACACAUUAUUUAUGAAGAUUGUUUUAACAACAACCCUUCAACAUAAAUUUUUGUUGUAAUUAUGUAAUUAUUAAGAACCUCUAUGUAAACUUUUAGACUGCUGGUGUUGGUAAUGUAAGAAAGAAUUGCUGAAAUAGUGUGCUCCAGUGGUUAAUAUUACAAUUAACCAAGGAUAUAGUUGACUUGUUGGAGAAGACAUUUCUUUGAACAAACAGGUAGUUUAUACAUCCCUUUGAUGUAUCAGAAAUUUUAAGACCGAAUCAUUAUCUAAUUAGAAUAUGGAAUUAUUCCUACUUUUUAAAACAUAGGUUUCUUUGUAUUCACUUAGACCAGAUUAUGUGGACAUAUUGGUUGUCCUAAUUUUUCUUUCAUGUCUGUUACAACUUUGUUUAAUGUGUGGAAAAUACACCUACCUCUUUAUCUGCUGAAAAUAACAUUUAAUUUAAAUAAUCCCAGUUUCUGUAGGAGUCCAUCACUAUAGUUUCUACUUUAUGCUAAUGAGAGAAAAAAGAUUUGCUUCCAUUAACAAAAAGUAUUAUCAUUCCUAUUCAACAAGUCAUGAUAUUUCUAUUUCCCUAAGGGGAAAACAUAUUUGAAAGGUAUUUAUAUGAAACAGUGGACAAACCAUGGUCUAAGACAAUCUAUACUUUUAAGAUGUCACGAAGCUAUUGUUUCUUGUCUCCAGUUGCAUGAAAUCCAUGGUGCUAAAUGCUUAUAAAAAUGAUGGGUUGUUAUAUUGAGGGAGGACAGGAGUACAGAAUCCAGUUCUUAUUUAGUACCAGUCACAUUAAAUAAAGGGAGAAGCAGUUCAUCAGAACAGAACGUCUUGCAGUUCAAUGCCUAAUCUAGCAAUGGAAUUUAAGUGAGUCAUGACUAACUUGCACCAUGUGGUUUAAUAGGACUUAGUCAUGAUUAACUUGAGCUGGGUUGGGAUCCAGUAGCUUGAACGGCAUAAGCAAAUGUACUAAAGAAGCAUUGAUGUGAACUUACCCACAAGGUCUUGCUGCUCGCUACUGUAAUGCUUGUGAUCUGUUUAAACAGGUACUUUACAUAUGCACUGAUUGAUCUUGCAAUCAUGGCGCUGCAAGAGCAAUAAUAGCUGGUGAGAUUCCAUUCCAUAUGAUCAAUUUAAUAUGAUCUAGGUCUAAUUUCUGGACUUGUUCUGCUCACUAUUCCUUCUGCUGCAUCGUGAUGGUUUCUCUCUAAACAAAGCUUUGUGUCAAGAGUACCUCAAGCUCUUCUCCACCAUGAACUGGUUACGUAUCCUGCCUACUGUGAAGAAAGUGCAACAAGGAUUCGUCAUUUGCACAGCCUUGGAAAUUGAUGGAGAGAGAGGUCAUGAUUUGCUCCAGCCUGGAGUGAGUUUGAGGCAGAACUGGAACUAGAACUGAGAUCUUUCUAUUUCUCUGCUCUGCAUACAGGAGCCAAUCCUCAUAUUUAUGAAAAAAACAGACUUCUCACUAGCUGUGUAUUUUAUAUCAUGAAAAUAAAGAUAUUUAGCUGAGAGAGAAGUUCAUAGAGCAUUCUGUUUAAUUUUACCCAACUUGUAUUGUCUAUAAUAAAUAACAGGAGAACAAACGCCACCUCUUUUCUGAUAUUGACUACGUCUCUCAUUUAAUGAUUUUAUCCAAACUCUUUAAUAUUUGAUCCCAAAAUGUAAUGAGAAAAGUCACAAAUAUCCUGGCUUUGAGCAUUGCUAAAGAUUAACUUGGAAGAUUAAUCUCCCAAAUUGCCAACUCUAAACAAGGUGGUGAAAUUCUCUGUGGUUGCACAGCAUAUUUUAACUGGUUUGGGGCCACUGAUUUUUCCCCCUGCUAGUCUUAGUGCGCAAAGUGCUAUCCAAAAAUAAACACAGAAAUUGGUGAUGGUAACAAAAAAGAUAUGGAUGGUCCAACCAAAUUUGAAUGGUUUGAAGUCCUAGCAGUUUCAGCAACAAAACUAACAAACAAGCCCAAGCAUCUGCUUAAUAUUUCCACUGAACUCAAUGGGAUUUGCAUGUGAUUAACCUUGCCUGGAUUGUACAUUUAAUGUAUCGAAAGGAACAAAACAAAGUAAACUUGUUUGCAUAUAAUUUGUACUAUAUUAAAACUGUUUGUACUAUAUUAAAAUUUUGGCAUUGCGUUAGGAUGUUCUACUGUUAACUAGAUCAAGUAAACAGGUUAUGUAUCUCUUGA